AACAUGUUGCCUCAUCGCAGACACAGCGCUGAGCAGUAAGCAGAGGCUGCCUGCUCUCUGUCUGACUGACCAAACAUUCAGAGCAAACAAGAAGGAGAAGCAAGAGGAAGGGAAGUCUCAUCUCUCCUCUUUGGUGUCUGACCAUCUUCUCUGGAAGGAGGAGGAGGAGGAAGAAGAAGAUCUGUUUUUACACAGUCCCUACUGAGUUUGUCACCUCAAGCAGGAGGAGUGGCAGAAGAUGCAAGGGAAACUGGAGGAGCUGAAAAGUUGGCUCUCUUUCAGUCAGCUGUCCAUCCAUCAGCUGACCAAACUUUUUUAAAAGAAGAAGAGGAAGAGGUGUACUGCCCAGGGUGGGCGAGGAGGAGCGGGAGUGAAAGUAUCCUUCACCCCGUUCACUUCCGUGCACACGUGUUUUGGUCAGUAAGAAAGCAGGACCAUCCUUCCAGAGGCAGCUACCCAUGUGGCAGGAGGCUCUGUGGACCCGCGGACGUUACCUGCUGGAGAAGAAUGAUGGAGGCGAGGUUGCAGAGGGGCCCGAGAGCCUUGGGGACGGGUGCCCGGGGUUCCAGGGCGAGGUGUGUGUGGAGGGCGAGAAGCCCCAGGACUGGCUGUAUGAAUCUUACUACAGAAUGAGCCAGCAGCAUCCGCUGAUCGUGUUCCUGCUGCUGAUCGUCAUGGGAACCUGCCUCGCACUGCUGGCGGUGUUCUUUGCUUCAGGACUGACAACAGAGGACCACUUGGCGUUCCUGAUCACGGUGCCGGCCGCUCUCAUCCUCUUCCUGUCCAUCUUCAUCCUCGUCUGCAUUGAGUCGGUCUUCAAGCGGAUGCUCCGCCUCUUCUCUCUCCUUAUAUGGGCCUGUCUGGUCACCAUGGGUUACCUGUUCAUGUUCUCAGGAGGGAUACUCAGUCCGUGGGAUCAGGUGUCCUUCUUCCUGUUCAUCGUGUUUGUCGUCUACACCAUGUUGCCCUUCUCCAUGAGAGGGGCCAUUAUCGCCAGCGCCAUCACCUGCUUUUCGCACACUGUCACCCUCAGCGUCUGUCUGGCCAACACCGUCCCAAAGCCGGAGGCUCUGGACUGGCAGAUCUUAGCCAACGUGAUCAUAUUCACCUGUGGUAACCUGGCUGGGGCGUACCACAAGCAUCUGAUGGACCUGGCUCUCAAACAGACCUACCAAGACACCUGCAACUGCAUCAAGUCGCCCAUCAAACUAGAGUUUGAGAAGCACCAACAGGAGCGUUUGCUGUUGUCCUUACUCCCGGCUCAUAUAGCGCGAGUGAUGAAAGCCGAGAUCAUCCAGAGGCUGCAGGGACCGAACUUUGGCAGAACAGAGAGCACCAACAACUUCCACAACCUCUAUGUGCAGCGGCACACCAAUGUCAGCAUUCUGUACGCCGACAUCGUAGGCUUCACCAGGCUCGCCAGCGACUGCUCUCCAGGUGAACUUGUGCAUAUGCUGAACGAACUGUUUGGCAAGUUUGACCAGAUCGCAAAGGAGAACGAGUGUAUGCGAAUCAAGAUCCUGGGAGAUUGUUACUACUGUGUGUCUGGUCUGCCUGAGUCUCUGCCUCACCACGCCAGGAACUGCGUGAAGAUGGGCUUGGAUAUGUGUGAGGCCAUCAAGAAGGUCCGAGAUGCCACUGGAGUCGACAUCAACAUGCGUGUUGGUGUUCAUUCUGGGAAUGUCCUCUGCGGUGUGAUUGGCCUGCGCAAGUGGCAGUAUGAUGUAUGGUCACAUGAUGUCACGCUAGCCAAUCACAUGGAGGCAGGAGGCGUGCCAGGGAGGGUCCACAUCUCCUCCGUGACGCUGGAGCAUCUGAAGGGCUCGUACAAGGUGGAGCCUGGAGACGGACAGACCCGGGACUCCUACCUGAAGGAACACGGAGUGGUCACCUACCUGGUCAUCAACCCCAAGACUGAGAGGCACAGCCCUUUGCUGGGUGUGCGCUCUCGUCCCUCCCUGGACAGCGGGAAGAUGAGGGCGUCUGUCAGGAUGACCCGGUACCUGGAGUCCUGGGGAGCCGCCAAACCCUUUGCCAACCUCCACCAUCGAGACAGCAUGACCACAGACAACGGCAAGAUCAACACCACUGACGUUCCAAUGGGGCAGUACCACUUCCAGCGACGAGAAAGGUCCAAAUCUCAGAGAAGGAGGUUUGAGGAGGAACUCAAUGAGCGAAUGAUUCGCACCAUUGAUGGCAUCAACUCACAGAAACAGUGGCUGAAGUCUGAGGACAUCCAGAGGAUCUCAUUGUUCUUUCACAACAAAGCUCUGGAGAAAGAGUACAGAUCCACAACAUUACCAGCCUUCAAGUACUAUGUCACCUGCGCCUGCCUCAUAUUCUGCUGCAUAUUCAUCGUGCAGGUCCUCGUCUUGCCCAAAACUGCUGUGCUCGGGAUCUCCUUUGGCCUGGCAUUCCUGCUGCUGGCUUUGAUCCUGCUCCUUUGCUUUGCUGGUCACAUUCUGCAGGGGAGGAAGGGCUCCUGCUCUCUCACCUGGUUCCCCACCUCCUCCCGCAUCAUCGUCACUAAUAAUCCCUGGCUGCGAUUGGUCCUCACCAUGAUGACCACUGCUCUCAUACUGGUGAUGGCUGUCUUCAAUAUGUUCUUCGUGGAGGCUGAAGUACUGAUCACCACUCCCCUUGUGAAUAUAAGUAAUGGCAGCGUGUUGGUGUACCAGGAGGAAAGCACGAGAGAAAACAAAUUUUAUCUGCCAUACUUCAUCUACUGCUGCAUCCUGGGCCUGGUGUCAUGCUCAGUGUUCCUGAGAAUCAACUACGAGCUGAAGAUGGUGGUGAUGCUGGUUGCCGUGGUGAUCUACAACAUCAUCAUCCUCCAGACACAUGCCUUUCUGCUGGAUGGAUUAAGCAAUGCACCAUACCCCACAAAAGAGUUGGAAAGACCAGGAGUCCUGAAGGAUCUAAAGACAAUGGGCUCUGUGUCUCUUUUCAUCUUCUUUGUCACCUUGCUGGUGUUGGCCAGACAGAAUGAAUAUUACUGUAGGUUGGACUUCCUGUGGAGGGACAAGUUCAAGAGGGAGUGCGAGGAGAUCGAAACCAUGGAGAACCUCAACAGGGUUCUGCUGGAGAACGUCUUACCUGCUCACGUCGCUGAACACUUCCUGGGACGCAACUGGAAAAAUGAGGACCUUUAUCACCAGUCAUACGAGUCGGUGUGUGUGAUGUUCGCCUCCAUCCCAGACUUCAAAGAGUUUUAUACAGAGUCUGAUGUGAAUAAGGAAGGACUUGAGUGCCUCCGUCUUCUCAACGAGAUCAUAGCAGACUUUGAUGAGCUGCUGUCCAAGCCAAAGUUCAGCGGAGUGGAGAAGAUAAAGACCAUCGGCAGCACCUAUAUGGCUGCAACAGGACUCAAUGUGACACCAGGCCCAGAGUGCGCACAGGAACAUGACAGACAGUACAUGCACAUAGGCACGAUGGUGGAGUUUGCUUUCGCUCUUGUUGGGAAGCUAGACGUCAUCAACAAACACUCCUUCAACGACUUCAGACUCAGAAUCGGGAUAAACCACGGCCCGGUGAUUGCAGGAGUUAUCGGGGCCCAGAAACCUCAAUAUGACAUCUGGGGAAAUAGUGUAAAUGUGGCCAGUAGGAUGGAGACCACUGGGGUACUGGGAAAAAUACAGGUAACGGAGGAAACGAGUCGUAUCUUGUCAACAUUAGGGUACGUGUGUUCAUGUCGUGGCAUCAUUAACGUGAAGGGCAAAGGAGAGCUGAAGACCUACUUUGUUCACACGGAGAUGACCCGAUCUCUGUCACAAGGGACUGUGAUGCCUUGAGCGUGCCACACUAACCAAACAAACAGACUUGAGAACACAAUCACACACACACACACACACACACACACGCAAAGUGGCCGUAGAAGUGAAUCGUCAUGCUCCGUAACUAAAACCCAUUACCAGCAGCCAGCAGUGCAACGGAUAGACAAUUGUCGAGAACUUUUUGUCCUUAGCACCAGGAGGGAGAGCGGGGCCGAGGUGCGCCACCACGGUCCUUCAACGCUGCAGCUCGGAUGGUUUUCACGUCUCGAGUGUAACAAGGACUUUGCUCUGAGGAGUCUCUUCACUGUCUAAAGGAGUGCCUGACUAAAGAGGGGUUUGCUAAAUUAGCGCAGCUCUCAAGGACCACAGUCACCCGUCUGUACAGUAGUAGUGGUGUGGAGCUAAUUACCCAAUUGCCAGUGUUGCAGUGCUUCAGAGCCUUAUACUUGAGCAAACUGAGCUGCCUGCCGAGCUGUGUUUUUUUUUUUUUUUUUAUUAUUAUUAUUAUUAUAUCUGCCUGGUUGGCACCGUGAGCCAGUUUUGUUCCAUUUUAUUUCAAAUGGAUGUUACAAUAGUUUAUUGUCAUAUAGAGCAGUCGACGCCAACAAAUUGCCAGCGUGAUGAGUAGUUUGCCAAAACCUGUGAAUUGUAUUUAAAGCUUUAGAGCUGCGUUUGUGUCCCACUGAAGAGUAGGUGGACUCAAGCACAGGAUUCAAGAGGAAAGUAGAAGUUUCUUUUUUUAUAAUCCAUCUGGAACCAAACCAACAGCAAUGUGUGUAAAUGUUCACUGCCAUCCUUUUGUUAUUCAUUAAACAUUUGUAUAUAAACAAC